AUGACCAUAUAUGAUCGUUUCCCCUCGCAUAACCAAAGUUGGAUAGAGAUAAAUUGUGCUACAAGAUGGUCCGCCUACACCAUAUACCGCGAGUUCGAAGACUCGACAACUUCAACGAGCACGACACCAACUCCCACACCAUCCGCGUCAACGUCGGAGCCAUCUCUCACGUCGGCUGUUACCACUCCCACCGCCAGCACACCGAUUCCAGUCUCCACCGCCCCCAUAGACCCGAACCCUUCGACGUCCAAAGCUUGGAUUGCUGGUCCUGUCGCUGGAGGCAUUGUCGCUUUGCUGUUGUUGGGCGCAUUGUUCUUUGGGUGGCGCCGAAGGAAGAGUGGACAAGGGAGCAGCAACACGCCUUCAAUGGCACAAACAGGAGCAACAGGGGGAUAUUUCCCUGAAUACGUCGGCAGUCCCCAUGAGAACAACCACACCUCACAACCACAUGGCCCUUCCAGCCCUCCUGCUGCUCCAUACCAUCCUUCGAAUGGUCCUCCACAUUAUAGUUCACACUCACCGGGACCACAUGAUGCUUUCAACACUUCUCCGUACAAAUAUCCUGCUUCCGGAACCUCCAAUACGACGUCGUGGCAAGGAUCACCGAGGCCAGUGUCUGAGCUAGACGCAACGGGAAUGCAACAUCAACAUACUAUCGCCGAGGCUCCAUGA